AAGCAAGUGAGAAGGAGAGGAUUAAAUUGAGUGCAGAUACCUUUUUUUUUUAAUUCACCGUUUCGGCUUUUCUGCUUGUCCAGUCACACAGGAUGUCGUCAGAAAAUCUGGACUCAGACACGCAGUUGGACUACGAAGACGAAAAACAGGACUCCCAGGAGAAGAACGCCAACACAGUGAAAGCUGAAGAGGCCAAACUGAAGGCCAAGUACCCCGGCCUUGGCCAGAGGCCUGGCGGCUCAGACUUCCUCAUGAAGCGACUACAGAAAGGGCCAAAGUAUUUUGACUCUGGCGACUACAACAUGGCGAAGGCCAAGAUGAAGAACAAGCAGCUUCCUGUAGCGGGCCCCGACAAGAACCUGGUGACCGGCGACCACAUUCCCACGCCGCAAGACCUGCCCCCGAGGAAGUCGUCCUUGGUGACCAGCAAGCUAGCUGGCUAGCCCUUGCCAUCCCAGACGCACAGCCUCGCCCUCGGGGGGGCGACCGCGGCGAACACCCCCCCCGCCCCUUCUCUUCCCCUGUCCCCCAGUCACCACCGCCCUGGCCCUCUUUUCCAGCCCUCAUCCCCAAGCACCACUGGCUUUCACACACGGGGGCGGACUUGUCUAAGUUCAUGUGCUUGUGUGUGGCGUGGAAGGAGCGCUCCUCUUUUGUCCUCCUACUGAGCUGUGCCCUCUGCUCCACUGCCUCCCUCUUGUCUUGGUUUUCAAGAUGCAUCACAGUAGGUGUUGUCGUAAUGCGUCUUUGCUGGGGACUCCAUGCACUUUGUAUCCAAUAUCUGUUUUUUUUGUUUUUUUUUGUUUUGCCUCCUGAGUGGAAGAAGGGAUACAUCUUUCAGCUUUAUGUCUCUUGUCCGUGCUUCUGGCGGCGCACGGCGCGGAGGGUUAACGUGUGUCGAGACCGGCCCGUAAACCCAAAUUUGUGAGGUGCGGCCGACCAACUGGAGAUUUCCUUGGCGACGGAAGCUUGCUGUCACUUCACGUUGUGUUGAUUCCCGACUCCAAUGCUGCAUGAUUGCAACCGGAGACUCCCGGUCGCUGUCUGGACAAUCCACAGCCAGCUGAGUGUUUCCGCACUAGCUCGAUUCAGUGUUCUCUACGGGUUGGCCGCAUGUUCGCUAACACAAGCAUCUGUCGGAGUUCCACGUCACAACAUUGUUGUUAUUAUUAACUCGGCCAAACCACAGAUACCAGGGUGCUCCUCGCUAAGAGCAGACCCCCUGAUCACGUUUUAGGACAGUAUUAGUCGUCUUGGUAGAUUUCUGACCCACAAUGCAUGUGUGCUGGGAUGGAUACUUCAGUUUGACCCUGGCUUGCCUACGUUUGAGUCUCCUGAAGGACGAGUUAUGGCUCUUCUUGCUACCCGCGUUAAUGUUUUCAUUGGGCGUCAAACGGGGACUUUGAUCUCAGGCGUGUCUGCAACCUGAUAAGAGACGCUUGACUCAAAGUGGGACGCCGCAUGCCUGCAGGGUGUUCUCAUUCCUCUCAGAAACCCGGUGGGACAAGCACACGGUGCGCGCGGUUUGACUCCAAUGUGGCGCGUGCACACUGGUUCGAUCAGGUGCACGCAACACAUAUUGUCAGUUUUGGUGAUUUCUCAGUUGUGUACCAGUAGAGUGAAUGUGUGUGUGUAUGCUUUGUAAAUAGAAAUGGACAGGAUGGGGUUUUUGUGUGUUCUGCUGCAUUCACACUGCUUCUGCUGUACCUCAGGAGUGCGUAUCAUAUGGAAACGUGUCUAAAUGCUGAUUAUUCGGUGCCGAUCCUUUUUCCUUUUCAAGUUUCCGCAUCUUCUUGUACUUUUGACGCAGGCCAAAAACCAAUAACGAUGCAGAUGCGUAAAUGACAGCAGUGCAUUGUGCAGUAGUUAGCCCACGCGUCACGUUGAAUGACAACAAAAUAUGUUUUAAUUGCGGGUUGAUUAAGCGGGCGUGAAGGGUUUGAGCGAGAGGAAACGCACAGGGUGUCUCUCGAACAACUAAGACAAGCACGUGCCAGAAUGUAAGCAACAAACAAGUACUUCUUUAUCUCCCAUCUUGUUCUUUUUCUAGUGUUCUCCUCUCGUAUGGCUUCAUUCUGGCUUGAGAUCUCUGCCGGGAGACCCAGAGAUUAUUCUAGAACGUACUCAAACCGAGGUUUCCGCGACAUAAUGGAUGGCAGGAGAACACAGAAAUGAGAAGACUUGACAAAAAGAGUACUUGGAAUGUUUCACUUCUUUGGGGAGUUAAUUGAGAGGUUUUUUUUGCCAAUGUUUGAAAUAAACUUUUACAUAAAGAAA